UUCGGAAAACCCCCGACGCACCGACCGCCGUGCUAUUUAUCACAUUCGAGCCGUCCAGCGGAAGAAACCGAAACCUGCUUCUCCUCUCUCUCUCUCUCUCUCGCAUUCUUCUUCUUCCUCCUCUUGUUUUGUAUCUUCUUCGGUUUCUCCAUCUCCGGCUCCGCCAACUUCAUAUUUGUCGUCGCUCGGAUCCUUUCUGGUUCUAGCGCGAGACAUGGUGACAGUUUGCCAGACAUGUGGUGUAUCAGGCUAUGCCGAACUUCUUGUAUUUUGCAACAACUGUCAGAUUUCUGCUGAGCACAGAUAUUGUUUGGAUAAGUUGCCUAGUCAGCAUGAAGUGAUAAGUUGGUCCUGUGAACAAUGCAAGCCUAGGCCAUCCAUGGUCAAGCCAACCCAACGUAGAACCACGAAACACUUGAAGUGUCAGUUUAAGCAAACGAAAAGGAUCGCUAGCAUGGAGAAUAUACGGAAAAGACAUGAGAAUAAUGCAGGCUUUCCCCGGUCAUCUCUAAUGCGAUUUGAGAAACACUCAAAGAAUAAGAGGAGAAAAUUGAUAUUGCUGGAGAAUGAAUCUGCUGAAGCAACUAAAGACAAACUUUUAGAAGUAGAAAUUCCAAAGAAUUUGACUAUACCAAGGGGAAGAUUAAUUUCGGACGGGGGACAUUUGGAUGAAGAGAUUCUUGCAAAUUCUACUUGCCAAAAUUCUCCUGUUAAAAAUUCUUGUCAAUUGCUAGCACUCUCGCAAGUAGAAAUAGAAAAAACUAGACAAAACACUUUUCUCUCUUUUGACUUAUUGGUGCAACUCCUUGGCUGUCCUAUUUGGAGCGGAUGCUUUGAUGUUUGCCAUGAGAAAUUGGGUCCAUUAAAAGCUUGUCUGUCAAUUAAAGCGUGUGAGAAGGUUUGUAACAUAGUGACUAAGUUGCCACCAGUGCUGCAAAUGACAAAGCUCUCAAGAAAUGAAUGGCCUACAAGUUUCAAUAAUUCACCACCAAAUGAUGACAGCAUUGCUCUCUGUUUCUUUUCAGAAAAUUCGAAUGCAGGGGCAGCACUUCAUAAUCUAUUGGAUCACAUCACUAUGAAGGAUCUUGCCUUGAGGGUGGUGCUUGAUGAAGCUGAGAUGCUUGUAUUUUCCUCCAUUAUACUGCCAGAAUAUUGUCAGAGAUUUGAAGAAAGAUACUAUAUGUGGGGUGCCUUCAGGAGUCGGCAAGAUAACUCUGAGCCUUGUGCUCCAACCAAUAAUUGUCUAGAUUCCCAUAAAGUGCGAACGAUAAGACAUUUUCCACCUGGAUUUAGGCAUGCAACAGAACAGUGUGAUAAUGCUGAAAAGAUAAAAACAAGAGAUUUUCCACCUGGAUUUACGCAUGCAACUGAGCAGUGCAAUAAUGCUGAAAAUUGUAAUAUUGUGGAGCAAUCGGUUGAUAAAUCUAAGAAUUCAAAAAACCGCGACUGCAGUCAAAGUGCAUGCUCCGAGAAUCAAGUUAACAUAGAUAUAAACUUGCACCACCACCCAGCGCAAAUUUGUCCUAAACCUACUGCAGAUGAAAAAAUGUCUCAGAACACUAACUUGGAACAUGUAUCUGAUUCCGAAAGGAGAGAGUACAAUGGAAGUGCAUGCUCCAAGAGUCAAGUUAACAUCCAUUCGAACAUGCAUCACAGUGAUGUGCCAAUAUGUUCUCAUCCUACUGCUGAAGGAAUAUCUCGGAACAGGAACUUUGAGCAUACUUCUGAUUCCAAAAGGCCAGAGUACAAUGGAAGUGAAUGUUCCAAGAGUCCAGUUAACGUCAGUUCAAACAUGCAUCACCACCCAGAGCAAAUUUGUCCUAAUCCUUGUGAUGAAGGAAGAACGUCUGGGAACAGGAUUAUUGUUCAUGCAUCUGAUUCCAAAAGGCUAGACUCUGAGAAUCAUAUUAAUAUCAAUUCAAACAUGGAUCACCUCCCUGUGCAAAUUUGUCCUAAUCCUCCUGCAGAAGAAAGAGCAUCUGGGAACAGGAACUUUGAGCAUGCAUCUGAUUCAAAAAAGCAAAAUUACGAUGGAAGUGCAUGCUCCAAGAGUCAAGUUAACAUUCGUCCGAAUAUUCAUCACCAGAUAUUGCCAAUUUAUACUAAUCCUACUGCAGAAGAAAGAAUGUCUCAGAACAGGAACUUUGAGCAUGCAUCUGAUUCCAAAAGACUAGAGUAUAAUGGAAAUGCAUGCUCUGAGAGUCAAGUUAAUAUCAAUUUGAACAUGCAUCCUCAUCCAGGGCAAGUUUGUCCUAAUCCUUCUGCCGAGCAAAGUACACCUCAGAACACGAAUUUUGCACAUGCAUGUUUUUCCAAAAGGCGAGACUGCAGCAGAAGUUUAUCACCAGAGAGUCAAGUAAACAUCGACUUAAACAUGCAUCACCAUCCAGUGCAAAUUUGUCCAAAUCCUACCAUAGAAGAAAGAAUGUCUCAGAACAGAAAUAUUGCCAAUGCAUCUGAUAAUUGUUAUGAUUUUAUCACAGAUGAUUGUAGGACUGUCAAGCAGCAAUUAGCUAACAACUCUAAUAGUCUGGAAGAGAGAGUAGUACAAUGUCUUGACGGAAAUCCAUUUUCUGAAAUCAGUGAUGACAGCUCUAAUGAAAUCACAAAAGACAGGAAACUGCCCAUGCUGGAUUCUUUGGAAUAUCAGGGAAAGCAUGAUCAACAUAAUAAUGCCAUCGACAAGCAUACAUCCACUGGAAAAAUGCCACAACUGGGAAAAGAAUUGGUAAAUCUUAGAAUGACAGAGAACCCGGUUGCAUGCAUACUCGAUGCUCACAAGCUUUUUGGUUUCAAUUAUCUUGACUGGCUAAGAAAUCUGAAAAUUGUUCUUAAUUUUGAGAAAUUAACCUAUGUACUUGAACACAGCCCCCCUGCCAGUGUGAAUGAUGAUGCCACUGAGGAAGAAAAGAUCACUUUACAAAAGUGGCGAGAUGAUGAUUUGAAGGCUAAAUAUUAUAUGAUUGCGUCAAUGUCUGAUGAGCUUCAAAAGCAAUAUAAAAACUUAUCACACGCUUAUGAGAUUCAUGUUCGCUUAGACAAGUUGUAUGGUGCAAAAUCUCGUAUUAGAAGAUAUCAGAUCUUAGGGGAUCUCAUUCAGACUCGCAUGAUAGAGGGAUCUUCAGUACAUGAUCAUGUUAUAAAGAUGAUCAAUAUGGUGGAGAAGUUAGAGGAUCUCGGAAUUGGUAUGGACAGCCACUUGUACAUUGAUUUAAUCUUGCAGUCUCUCCCAGAAUCAUUCAAUCAGUUCAUAACCAACUUCCUGAAAAAUAGAAUUGAGACAUCUUUGCGUGGACUUCUAAAUAUGUUGAAUAAUGCUGAGUUGACUAUCAAAAGAGAAGCAUCUGACAUGCUAAAAGGUUCGUCCAAACCCAAAGUUGUAGAGGAAAGUUUCCAAAAGAAGAAAUCUCCUAAUAUUAAAACUGAGAUCAGGAUGACCAAGCCACGUGUGCAGUCUGAGGCAAAAUGUUUUCAUUGUGGUAAACUUGGACAUCUGAAGAGAAAUUGCAGACAAUUUAUUACAAAGCUAAACAAGGAAAAAUCUAGAUCCAGGUGACGAUAAGAGGAAGCUCUCACUAAGUAGUCCUUCACGUAGCGUCAUCAAAGGUUAUUUAAAAGCAAGCAUGCGGUUAUACACUCACGUGCUUUCUUUUGCUCUGUAACUUUUUGCUGUGUACAUAAAGUAACUAGAAUAUUUUCUCUACUCUCAAGUCAUCUAAUUUUUUGUUCUAAUGAUUAGAAGAGAGAAAAAAAUGAAAAGAUGUUCCAUCA